AUGAAGGUUCAUCCAGUGCCAAGAAAGCGCAACAUCACUCUGCGAUACGACAUCGCAUCAGUCCUUGCUCAGGCGAACACUUGCCGGCAAAAGAAGCUCCGGAGGCUCCCGCACAUAUUCGCCAAGGUUCUUGAGCUCCCUUUCCACUCCGAUGCCGACGUUUCGAUCGAAGAGACUCCCGAAUUCCUUAAAUUCACUGUUGAUACUGAUGACGUCAGCGACGACGUGACUGCCGACGCAAUCGAGAUCUACCCUGGAGUGACCAAGAUUGUAAUCCGGGGAAAUGGUAUCGCUGACUUGUCGGGAAGUGAGUUGGAGCUCGAUCUAUGGCGGUUUCGGCUCCCGGAAUGUACGCAGCCGGAGCUGGCUACCGCGGCUUAUGGCAGUGGGGAGCUGGUCGUGACGGUACCGAAGGGUGCGGAGGAGGAGGACGGCAGCGGCGGCGGAGGCGAAGAUGACGACGAAGACGAUGGAGAUAUUGGUGCUGGGAGGCUUGUUUUUGUACAGUAA